CUGUCAUUUUAAUUAUCUCCUUUCUAUUCUCUCUGUACAUAAUAACGAACGGAGUCAGUGGAGCCUGAAACUCUCUUUGGAGUUGAUCUAAAACGGACUUUUGAUAAAUGGUGGAAUCCAAUGUUUCAUUCUGCUAGAUUUUAGGAUUUUCCUUCAUGUCCGCCUUCCUCUUCUUCUUCUUCUUCUUCAACUUUUUCUGUCCUUUUAAGAUAAUAAAAAGAAAUAAUAUUCCACUGAGUCACUGAGCCGGUGAAUGAGUGAGUGAGUGAAGUUGCUACAUACAGUAGAAGAAUGAUGAAAUCCAAGGGUUCUUGCUUCAAAAUCAUUACCUGUGCAAGAGAUACAGAAGAUAACGAUGAUGAUCUCGAACCUAAUGAGAGUAAGCGUUCGACAGACAAGAGUAGGUGGAGUUUCCGCAAGAGAUCGGCUAGGCAUAGAGUGCUCAGCAACUCUGCAAAUACAGAAUCACCAUCCAUUGGAAAUAGGGACAGUCUAGAAUCAACCAGCAUUAACUAUAAUACGCAGUCUAACCUUACUACACCUGAGAAAAUAUCUGUCUCACACUGGGCGAGUGAUUAUCCAUUAACGGGCGUAGCAAAUUCAAAUGCUCCCUUAAUUGAUACAAAGAAGGAUUUCAAGAGUGAACCGGUGAUCUCCACUGAGAAUGCUCGUGUAAUUGAUCCCUCUAUUUUCAAGCAAGAUGUCAAAAAGGUUGAUCAUAAACUGGAGGAAGACAGUGCUGUUGUCAUUCAGUCUGCUAUCAGGGGAUACCUGGCCAAGAAAAAACUAUUGAAGCAAAAGAAUGUCAUAAAGUUGCAAGCUGCUGUACGUGGGCAUUUGGUCAGGAACCAGGCCGUAGGAACCCUGCGCUGUGUCCAAGCCAUCUCCAAAAUGCAGGUCCUUGUCCGAGCUCGCCGUGCUCGUCACCUAGCAUCUGCUAUUGAAACAAAGCCUGAUGGGCAUGAGGUGAAAGAAAAUAGUGACACGUCUUCCACUGAGAAAUUGCUAAGCAAUGCAUUUGCUCGUCAAAUCAUGCAAUCAACACCAAACAAAAAACAAAUUCACAUCAAAUGUGAUCCCUUAAAACAGGAUUCUGCAUGGCAAUGGUUGGACAGGUGGAUGUCUGUUUCAUCAUCUGACCUGGAGCCAAACAAACAACAAUCUACAGCUGUGAAUCAGAAACAGGAUGAAAAUGUUAUAGAUACCGCUUCUGAAGUAGGAAAUGAGAUCCCAGCUGAAGUUAUCUCUGCCUCGAAAGAUAUGCAGUCUACAGCUACAAAUGCAGGAACAUCGCUUAAUAAUGAAGAUAAUUUGAUCACAUAUGAGGCGGACAAUUUUGUUUUUCAAGCCUCUCGUCCAACCUCUACAAGUACAAAUGACAUGCAGCCACCUUGUGUUGAUGAUUCGGGUAUUAAUGAUGCACGUGCAUCCUCUUCCAAGUCAGACGCAAGGCAAUCAGAGUUGCUUUCAACGACCCCUUCUCAAACGGCACGCAGAUCCGUCUCUGAUAAGCCUAUGGCAGAUGGUGAGCAACCAAAACGUUCUAUGAAAAGGGUUGCUUCUGAAGAACCAGAGACCGAGAACAAGAAGACUGUAUUUGGGUCACGAAAGGCAACUAAUCCUGCCUUUGUUGCUGUUCAAUCAAAAUUCGAAGGACUAAGUUCAAGGACCACUUCUCGAAAAUCGAUUAGUUCAACUACACAAGAUGUUGGAGCAGAAUCGAAACUGAACAGCAUUUCUUCUUCUGUGGAUUCUUGGAAAAAGACUCAGGAACCUAACUUGACUGAGAGUUCAAUCCCACAUGAAACUAAAGUCCAGGUUGCGCCUUCUGAGUGUGGCAGUUUACUUUCUAUUACUUCAACUCUUGAUUCCCCAGAAAGAUCUGAAGCUGGUGGUGUAGAUGUCAAGCAGGAAACUGUAUUUGUGGAAAAAGUGACCUCUGAACUUAAUAUGGCAACUGACACUGCAUCUAGUAGUAGAAACCUUGAUGUUGAACCCAGGACUGAUAUCUGUGCAUCUCAGCCCCUUUCAUCCAGCCCUGCUUCUUUCCAACCAUGGAGUAGCGAUGAUGCUAAGAAAGAAUCUCUGGACUUCGAUUUAGCUGUCGAGCAACAGGAAGAAGAGAGGCAGCCAGACAGAUGUGCAUCAGAUGCGCAGAGUCAAAUAGAGGUUGCGGCAUAUCAACAAGCAUACAGAUCGUCACCAGAAGGAUCUCCAAGAAGUCAUGUUACCAUCCCCGAGUCAUAUGGAACACCGUCAAGUCAGGUAUCCGUGAAUGCUAAAAGGAAUAAAUGGAAUAAAAGUGGGCCCACCCAGACCAGAAAGCAUCACCCAGUAGUCAAGAGGUCCCCAUCUAAUCAAAACUAUGAAUCAGGUGGAAAAAGUAGUGCAGAGCAAUUGUCAAAAGACUCAAAGAACGCGAAGAGGCGCAGUUCAUUUGGUUCAGCCAAGUCCAGUAACCUUGACCAGGAGCCAAGGGAUAGUAGUAGUAGCAGUACACUACCUAGUUACAUGCAAGUCACGGAGUCUAGAAGGGCUAAAGUGCUCGUGUCGCCAAGGUCAAGUCCUGACGUGCAGGACAAGGAAAUUUGCAUCAAGAAGCGGCAUUCUUUGCCUAGCACUAACGGAAAGCAGGGGUCCCCCCGCAUGCAACGAUCAAUGUCCCAAGCGCUACAAGGGGUAAAAGGAACCAAUGCAAAUUCUCCUCAUGAAAAGAAGUGGGUGAGAUGAUACCCAACUAGAGUCACCUAGGCAUCAGCCGGUGGAAAGGUUGUAUGGCUUUUGUAAUGAAUGAGAAAGUGAAUAUGGGGAGAACUGAAAGAUACCACCUGCUUUGUUGUUUUUCCGCGUCCCUGUUUGAUGGUGUAGAAUAUAAAUUUUCCUUUGUUGCUUCACCACUGAUUUUUAUGGUAAACAGAUUGGUUUGAAUUGCUUCUGCAAGCAAUUAGGAGAGUGGCAGAAUGUAGCACCCUUAUAUGCUUAUGUGAGAUUUACAGUACACAUAAUAUACAUCUCUUAUUUUAACCGCGCCUGGUAGAUGUUCAAAAAUUGAGCGACGGUGAGUUUCGCAUUUCUUUAAA